AUGGUUAUGGAGAAGCCAAGUCCCCUGCUGGUCGGGCGGGAAUUUGUGAGACAGUAUUAUACUCUGCUGAACCAGGCACCAAACAUGCUGCAUAGGUUUUAUGGCAAGAACUCAUCUUAUGUUCAUGGAGGUUUAGAUUCCAAUGGAAAACCAGCUGAUGCCAUCUAUGGACAAAAGGAAAUCCAUCAGAAAGUGAUGUCCCAAAACUUUACAAAUUGUCAUACCAAGAUUCGUCAUGUGGAUGCUCAGGCUACCCUCAAUGAUGGUGUUGUAGUCCAGGUGAUGGGAUUGCUAUCUAAUAAUAACCAGGCAUUUCGAAGAUUUAUGCAGACAUUUGUACUUGCUCCUGAGGGUUCUGUUGCAAAUAAAUUCUAUGUUCACAAUGACAUCUCCCGAUACCAAGAUGAGGUUUUUGGUGGCUUUAUCACUGAACCCCAAGAAGAAUCUGAGGAAGAAGUAGAAGAACCAGAAGAAAGGCAGCAGACCCCUGAGGUCGUUCCUGAUGACUCUGGAACUUUUUAUGACCAGACUGUCAGCAAUGACCUGGAGGAGCAUCUGGAAGAGCCUGUUGUGGAGCCAGAGCCUGAACUAGAACCAGAGCCUGAGCAGGAAGCUGAAACUGAAAGUCAUGAAGAAAAAUCUGAACCAACUUUGGAAGAGCCUGUUUCUGAGGAGACUCAAAAGAGUUCAUCUUCUCCUGUCCCUGUAGAUAUAGCUCCAGCAGUACAGGAGGACCUGAGAACAUUUUCUUGGGCAUCUGUGACCAGUAAGAACCUCCCACCUAGUGGAGCUGUUCCAGUGUCUGGGAUACCACCUCAUGUUGUUAAAGUACCAGCAUCACAGGCUCUCCCAGAAUCAAAACCGGAAUCUCAGACACCACCACAAAGGCCCCAGAGGGACCAGAGAGUGAGGGAACAAAGAACUAAUAUCCCACCCCAGCGGGGACCCAGACCAAUUCAUGAAGGUGGUGAACAGGGUGAUAUGGAUACAAGGAGAAUUGUAUGAUAUCCAGACAGUCACCAGUUUUUUGUUGGAAAUCUUCCACACGAUGUGGACAAAGCAGAACUAAAAGAUUUCUUCCAAAGUUUCUGUGUUUCGUUCAAAGGUUAUGGGAAUGUUGUGGAACUUCGAAUUAAUAGUGGUGGAAAGCUACCCAAUUUUGGUUUUGUGGUGUUUGAUGACCCAGAGCCUGUUCAGAAGAUCCUUGGCAGCAGGCUCAUCAUGUUCAGAGGUGAAGUGCGUUUGAAUGUUGAAGAAAAGAAGACAAGAGCUGCUAGAGAAGGUGAUCGUUGGGAUAACAGGCCACGUGGACUAGGAGGCCCACGCAGUGGCCUAGGUGGAGGAAUAAGAGGGCCUCCCCAUGGAGGAAUGUCCCAGAAACCAGGAUUUGGAGCCUGAAGGGGAAUUGGUCAAUGUCAGUGA